AUGAAGAAGCGACAGCGACAGACGCAGCCACGCAUAACCGGCAGCUUAACAACAACAAGAAAGAUGACGACUUUUGCCACUUUGGGGCGCAUUGCGUAUUGCUUCCGUGUUACGUCAAAUCCUCAGUCGCCGGCACGCGCCAACAGACGUCACGCGCCAAAAGAUGCGGCACAAAUUUCUGUGAUUUCUUUGAUGUCGUCGCCGUCGUCUUUGCGACUGUGGUUGCUGCUCUUCAGCAUUGCUCUGCACUUAGUGGCAAGUGUCACAGCAGUUGGCUAUUCCUAUACACGGUUCGAGGGUCCGGUGGCGGGACCGGAGCAUCAGGUGACCGUGCCACACGCUUUUGGUGGCGGCUCGCGCGUCGAUUAUGUGGGUAGGCCCGAAUACAGCUUCGCCUAUGGUGUUGAGGAUGGUAAGACGCGCGUGCUGCAGAAUCGAAAAGAGACGCGGAAUGGGGACGAGGUGCGCGGCGUCUACAGCGUUGUCGAUCCUGAUGGCACCUUGCGUGUGGUCAAAUACACGGCCGACGAUGUGCAUGGCUUUCAGGCCGAAGUGAUUACCAAUGGUGUGGCCACACUGCAUGGACAUGAGGGUGGGGAGGGAGCAGGCGGCGGUGGCGGUGGCGGCAGCGAUAUCGGCGCUGCUGGUGCGGUAGUUGAACACGAAGUCGAACAUGACGAGGAAAAUAAAGUGCAAGAUUCGGCAAAGGGCAACUAUAAAGUGCACGAGGACUAUGAUGAGGGCAAAAAGGACGAAGGCGAAGGGGCUGGUGAUGGUGAAGAGGGAGAAGAAGGUGACGACGAAGAGGGCGAUCAUGCCGAAUACGAGGGCAGCAGUGAGGAGGGCUACGAGGAUGCAAACCCGCACAGUCAACAGCAAGAAACCAGCAGCGAAGAGGAAUAUUAG